GCUCACGUCCUUCACGAAAUAAGAGACAACAAUUGAUCAAUUAUGAACUAAUAAUUGAGGAUUCCAAAUUGAAACCGAAGUCUUCUCGCGGUUUCCAGCAGGCGCCGUCGCCAUGGAUACAACGAUUGCAUCUGCCGUGGUACUCCCGGAGCCCGAAUCUGAAUCUCCACCACCGCCAGCCUCACCUUCAGGCACUCACAAAAGACGACAAUCAUCAAUCUCUGAACAAGAUCCUAAGCGCCAACGACUCAACAGCAUCGACCAACCUCCUCAUGCUGAUCGCCGGGACUCGAUUACUACGAAACCAUCGAAUGCGCCACCUACAGGUCGACGUGAACGCGGACGCGAACGCAGAUUGUUCGGCGCAGCCUUGGGAGCACUUUCUCACAACACUGGCAGUGCCGUGCAAAAGCGACGGUCAGAGAUAGAGAAAAGGCAGAAAGCUCAAAGGGAAAUCGACGAACAGGAAAAUGAUCUGAAAAGACAGGAGCGAUUGAAGUUCAUCCGAGUUCAACGACAGAAAGAGCAGGCAACGUUCGAGAAGGAAUCAACGCGGCUCCGACACGAAAAUCUACGGCACACCGCCCGUUUCCUUCGGACUGAAACCGAGCCCCAUCUGUACUAUAAACCCUGGGAGACUACCCCCGAGGAAGAUCAGCGGAUAGAACAACAGAUUGCGGAAGCGGAGCAGCUCAUCCGACGGGAACAAGGAGAGCUUAAUGGAGAGCCUAAUGCUCAAGGGAACGAGGAUGGCGAGCAAAUACGGACGACUCAUAGCAGCGAGCGGGAUGCAGAUGCAGAACCCUCAGAUGGUAAGAUCGUUCAUCCAAUUACCCCACAGCACCUGCCACAACCCACCACCAAUGGCGGAACUCAAGAUGAAGGGCCUGAUCCCAAGGACCCGGAACGGAGAGCAGAUCAUGCAGAAGAGCUUAUGGACGAGGCGGUCAAUGGGGACCAGGUGGCCUCAAGCCAUGAAGCUGACGUCCCAGCUCAAGAGGCCAUGGACGAAGACGCACAUAAGGAUUUGAUGGACGAAAAUGGGGAAGAGAUGGUUGAAGCAACAGAGGACACCGUUAUUUACUGAUAUCGAUUGCAGUAUAGCUUAGCUGAGCGUCGCUCGCCCUUUGCGGCUUGAGAUUCUGACUUUUCAGGAUGGCCAUUUGGUCUUGCUUCUAUUAUGAUACCAUUGUAUUACAUACAAAAGUCACGUAUACAAAACGUGGAACGACACUAAGGGAUGUUGGAAAUCAACACCUUUGAGUACACUAGCAUAAGUGCAACAAAUAAACAGAGGUUCAAAAAGCC